CAAAUGGCGAACGGUAGAGGAACGUAGUGAUUUUCUGCGCUGGAAAAUUUUUCGUCCAAAAGUGCUCAUUGCGCGAUGUAUUAGCGGGAAAUUUCAGUGCCAAGUUUGAGUUAAAGUGUCGCGGCGUUCCGGAACGGUGCAGUACGGUGGAUUAGUGGCCGCAUCACGGUGGAAAGCUGUGAUCGAAACGCGCUAGUGUCGCCCGUUUGGGAACAAACUGUUUUUUUUUUCGUUCCUGCGGGCGCAAGAGUGAAAAAUUUUCUGGAUGUUUUGGAGCCCGCUGGUGAUUGGUGCAUCUUUGUGAAUUUUGUACUCUGAAGAAGGUGGAAAUACGGACGAAAAGGAUUUGAACGCGACUGAUCGCGGGAAAGACGCGAUUUGUUGAUAGCAGACAAUUUUUUCGCGCUUCCCAAAGCCGCAGCAGAGGAGGAAAAUAACGCGUCCGCUCUCUACGUUGUACUGUUGUCGAAUCACCUCCCAAUGAAUGAAUCAUGAACGACAUCAGUACCAACAAUAAGGAAACGGUCCUCCCGGGACCCUCCGCCUGGGAACAGUUGACCAACCCAGCUCUUGCUGAACAACAUCAUCAGCAGCAGCAGCAACAUUUGCAACAGCAACAACAACAGCAGCAGCAACAACACCAGCAGCAGCAACAACAACAACAACAACAGCAGCAGCAGCAGCAACUUCAACAUCAGCACCAUGUUCCGACGCAACCUCACCUGCAGCACCAACAGCCGCAACCCCAACAACAAUUGCAUCCGCCACAGCAGCAGCAACAGCAGCACCACCAGCCGCAACACCACCCACACCCUCACCCUCACCCCCACCCUCAUCCCAACGCUCACCCGCAUCCCCUCCCGCAUCCUCAAAUGCACCCAAAUCAUCCUCAGCAGGGGCCUCCCCCACUGCAGCAUCCCCUGACUCAACCGCCCCAUCCUCACCAAACGCCUCUGCAUCAGGCCACGAGUCCAACGACGACUGCGGCACCACCGAUGACUCCUACGAAAACGACUCCUCCCGAUAUGUCACAUACCCCGCAAACGGCACCCGGUCCCAACCAAACCCCCGGACCCAGCUACUCCGAAGAACUCCACCCGGAGCUGAUCAACCAGGGGUGGCGCAAGUUUUGGUCCAAACGAGAGGGACGACCCUACUUCUGGAACAAACUUACCGGUGAAUCUCUCUGGGAAACGCCGAUGCUCAAUCGGAGUAACCAACAAUUUGAUCCGCUUACCGACCCGCUCGGUAUCUGUCACACCGGACAGAAUGGACCCGCUCCGCAGCAGAACAACAAUGCCCUCAAGCGGAGAGCCUCGGAGGACACCCAAAAUCACCACCAGCAGGGAACGGGUGCACCUCCUCCGCUGAAAAAAUACAUUCUGCCCGGUCCAUGGGACCUGGAGAUCCCAACCAACGUGGUAAUGUAUGACCGCAUUCCAACAUUGUACCCCCAUCCGUACCCGGAAGUGGAAGCCAUGCGAGGACUUUUCACCGUACGACUAUACAAAACCUACGAAGACCUGUGCACCAAACGGGAAGCCAUCAAUCCUCCAUGCGGGUCGUUUAAUCGCUGGCUCAUGGAGCGCAACAUCAUCGACCGAGGAUGCGAUCCGAUGCUUCCGAGCGACUCUCAACCGGAGAUCUCACAGCAAAUGUACAGAGAAAUAAUACGGGACAUUCCGAUCAAGAUUGUCAAGCCAAAGUUUACCGGCGAUGCACGGAAACAACUGUCCCGGUACUGCGAUGCGGCGAAGAAGAUUGUCGAGCGGACUUCCGCCUCGGUUGAAAGCAAGAAGGUGGUCAAGUGGAAUGCGGAGGAAACGUACGAAUGGUUGAGGAAAACGGUGGGAGCAAGUUAUGAGGACUUUCAAGAUCGAUUGCAACACCUGCGGCGACAGUGCGAACCGCACAUCAUCGAAACGGUCCGGAACAGUGUGGAAACGCUGUGCACAAAGAUCUACAGUCUGUCGAAGCAGCACGUGAAGACGAUACGGGACCGGCACAGUCAGAUACUGAAAGAAAGCGGCAUCCAGGAACUGACGCAACAGCUGCAACCUCCGCUGAUGCGAAAAGUGUGGUGCUAUCCUGUCCAGUUUGCCAUCCCGUCACCUCGGAUGCCCCAGAUCGACUACAACACCGAUCGGGAUCACAUGACCAUCAAGUACACGCAUGCCUCCAUUCCCGGGUCCGACACGCACACGAUCAAUAGCUCUCAUCUGCAGAAGCUGGAGCAACUCUACCGGUACAACUGUUUCGACGACAAAAAGUUUGAUUUUUUCAUCGGGCGGAUCUACUGCAUGCUGAAGCGCUACUCGACGUUUCUAUGCAACGUGAGUCCGACCCAACAGGAGCCGGAGCUCACGCAAGCGGCCCUCCCGGCGGUGGUCUUCGAGUGUCUCCAUCAGCACUUCGGUGUGACGUUCGAGUGUUUCGCCAGUCCACUGAAUUGCUACUUCCGGCAGUACUGCUCCGCCUUUGGCGAUACCGAUUCGUACUUUGGUUCGCGAGGAUCGUUUCUAAAGUUUAAGCCCGUGUCCGGAUCGUUCCAGGUGAAUCCACCGUACUGCGAGGAACUGAUCGAUGCCACACUGCAGCACAUUGACCGAUUGCUGACGGAUUCGACGGAUCCGUUGAGUUUUAUCGUGUUCCUCCAAGAAUGGAAGGAACCGGGUCUUCAGUGUCUGUCGAAAAUCGAAGACAGUCACUUCAAACGGAAGCAGGUGGUGGUGAUGGGAAUGGAGCACGAAUAUCGACACGGUUUGCAGCACUGCAUUGCGAGAUCGGAUGUUAACUUCAAGAGCAUCCACGGCACGAUGGUAGUCUGGUUGCAGAACAAUGCCGGCUUUCAGCGGUGGGGUCCCACCGAGGCACGGGUCGAUGCGCUCCUAGAAGCGUUCCGUCCCGGACGGGAACGGGAACGAGACAAAGUGGUACCUGUAAGCACCGGAACGGCAACGGCUAGCAGUCCACCCGAGGCGCCCACUAACAGCGAACCCGGUUCCACCACCCCCAAGACCCCCCAACAAACCCCACCGGUUUAAGGUGAUACGAUACAGCGUCCGCAAAUCACUGGCAGAAUGGCUGACUGAGCUGCCACUUCAAAUUUUCUAGGGAGUAAAUCUCGGACACUAUUGCGAUUUCAAGCAUCAAGUAAACGUGGGGAAGCAGUUUUAUCAUUGUAUGUUUUCUGGUAGCUGAUAAUUAUGCUUCAGAAAAUGCGAAUUGGCAUGGAAGCCUUUGCUCUGACCGUAUCACCUUAAAAUCGGAAAUCAUGUCCUUUACGCCGAUAAAACUAGCAAACAGAACAAAAAUAGUAGUACAUUUGAAAUUAAACAAAGCACCUAGGCAAACUAUCAAUAACAGCCAGUCAGUUUCACCCAGUUUUACUCUGCACCCGGAACAUAUUUAUAGAAGAAUAAUAGGACGACAGAGGCUGCACCAAGGAAUUUUAAAUCCAACCAAUUCAGUCAGACAAGAAAUAUUCAGCAAGCAUAUUUUAAUCGAGUGUAAAAUAGCAAAAUCAAACACUAGUUAGUAGCACCCAGCAGCUAGUGGAUAAUCAAUCGCUAUUGUGCGUCGUAUACACUGCUAGGCUAUUCCCACACAGAAGAAACUAAUUAUCGUGCUCUUCGUUGUUGAUUCUUUUUAAAAGUCGAAAUGAUGUGCAUACCCUGGAAGAGGGCACAUUAGACAACUCUCUUCUAUCAAAUUGUAUCAUAUAAGUUUAUAACCAUUAAGAAAUUCUGUAUAAAUUCAAAACUAGAAACAAUUGGGAUAAUCCCUAUCUUAAAAUGAUUUGCGUACGAGAAGUUGAGACGAGAGGAAGAGAGAGGUGCAGAAUAAAUACGAAAAAUCAAAGUUGAAUGAAGUCAGUCGCGUGGAUGUGGUGUGUAGUAGUAGUUCGCAAAAGUCCUAUUAUAGAUGUGGCAAUUUGUUAUUUGUUUUCAAAACAUUGUGGAGAUUUUUUAAUAUUAUUAUUUUGAGCUCUUUAUUUUAUAUUAAAAUAUAAACUCGCUGACACGCGGAAGUAAUUUUUUCUCUAGUGAUGGCGAAAAUUGCAGUAGGAGUUGAUUACGAAAUUAAAAUGUGAACGGAACGAGAAGCACACUAAGCAGCGCGCGACCAAGUGAAAAAUGAAAAAAAAAUAACCUUCUAAAAGCUAGGCAUUCAGGAAAAGAUUGAUGUAAACCUUUGUUCUCGAUUUCAGGAACUAUUUUCUAAUGGUUUUUCGAUGUAGUAAUCGUAUCCUGUUAAGACAUUAGUUGAUGUACAAAUCUAUAAACCAUAAUAAUGUGGACAUUAUUCGAACGUUAAGAAAAUAUAUUGAGAA